GUCCAAGAGUCCACAUCAACUUGGACACGUCACCCCUUGACGCCAACUUUAUGUAUGGCUCGACAGAAGAAUUGGGUCACAAACUUCGCCUUUGGAGGGGAGGCUUGAUGCGUGUGUGGGACCGCUUUAGUGAGUAUGGUUUGAAACCACUACUGCCCCCUAUGUCAGACAACCCAGAACGAGACUGUAUAUCCAGACCACGCCACUUGUUUUGCUUCCUUGCCGGUGAUGAACGAGUUAACGAACAAAUCCACCUCACUGUCCUCCACACACUCUACGUUCGUGACCAUAACCGACUUGCUAUAGAACUUGGUCGAUUAAACCCACAUUGGGAUGACGAACGAAUUUACCACGAGGUUCGACACAUCAUGGCAGCGUCUGUUCAGCACAUCACAUUCAAUGAAUUUAUUCCCAUGACAAUUGGCGAAGAAAUGGUCCACAGGUACAACCUUACGUUGCACUCACAGCCUAGCCAAUACAACUUCCUCAUUUGGAUCCUUAUGGAAACAAGACGGCCAAAGAACAACAGAAAGUUUGAUCUGGAAAAACUUGUUAUGACGUUGCUCACUCCAAAUCGACUGCCAACUGGCGGGAGUCCGAGCCUUGAACAUAGGACCAUAGUCCAUAUAUGGGACAGACACGACUGUGACUGUACCACAGCAGAUGGACCAAGCAAACUCGUUCCCGCGAAUACCGACAUGGUCAGGUAUCCAGAAAACUGGAUAGAAAUAGAAGAUAAAGAAAAAUGGGUCAGUAGUUUUUGA